AUGCCCGAUGGACCCCCAUGUCUUCGAUGCACCAACAAAGAUCAACAAUGCACGUUUGAAGAGGGUCCAGGGCCACGAAAGAGGUCUAGAUUAUGCGAACAGACGAAGCCUUUUGAACCUUGUGAGCAAUCUGACGGGUGGCUGGACCUUUUAACCGAGGCUCGACCAAAUAUUGGGCAAAGUGAUGAAGCAUUAUCGCCAGGGCCGAGCCGUCUGGGUGCCAUUCAAGAGUUUGAGCCAACAAGCCCCAGAACAAGCCACUCGUCUGUCAGCCAAGAUGGUACAACGAGGCGCGACUCGCGAAGCAGCCUCUCAUCCAGCCCGGGAAGAUCUCCACCAACUCGAAAACGACCAGCACCCAGAGACUCGCCUGCUCAAGUCGAUUCACUCGAAUUCAUUCCGGAGGCAUUUAGCUUCUAUAUUGGCCCAACAGGGGUGUCAGAUAUCCAUAUCUUGAGCCAUCAGCAAUACAACGACCAGAAUCUCUCGUUACCAAAGGUGAAUGGCUUGAAAUAUCGAAUCAUGCACAACCCGGGUCAGAAAGAGAGGGAAACUGUUGAUUUCUCUCCCCCUACCGUUUUCGGUAUUACCAACCACUCUCUUCUGGAAAAGGCGGAGCCAAAACUUGAUCCACAACUCACCGAAAAUGGAUGGCCUCGUCUAUGGGCUAUGAUGGAUUCCACUGCAGCGUGGCAUCUCAUCAAACUAUAUUCACGCUAUGUCGACCCUUACUUUCCGAUUCUAUCCAGUCAUCAAAUUCCAUCAUCACCAACCGACUUGAACAAAAUGCCCCUGGCAUUAUUGACAGCAAUCUGCGCAACCGCCCUUCCAUUCGUCAUGUAUGACGAUAGUCUCUACACAUUGCUUUUAAACCCGCCUUCUAGCGAGAAAUUAUACCGUCUUUGCUGGCUUUGUAUAUCGCAGGAGCUUCAUGCACCUUCUCUCGGGACACUUCAAGCCUGUCUCCUUCUUCAACAGCGACUUCCUACGAAUAUGUAUCUCUCUGAUACCGCAUUUGCAUGGACACUCAUGUCCACUUCCCUGGCUGUUGCACAGACUAUCGGUCUUCAUCGUGAUGCAGGAUCAUGGACCUCUAUUCCAGCAUGGGAGAAGAGGCUUCGGCGUCGACUCUGGUGGGGUCUCUAUGCCAUGGAGAAGUGGGUCGCCCUCGCACGAGGAAUGCCCAGCCACUUAGGUGAUGACGAUUACGAUGUAUCCAUGCUCGAGCAAGAAGAUAUACAAGAUACCCUGUCAGACUCUCCGGAUACGCAGAGUCACAUCUAUCAUUUAUCGAAUUUGUCAACGAUACUUUCGGACAUUCAAAGGUCCUUCUAUUCGGUGAAGGCGGUCGGGAAAACAUCUAAUGACCUCCAGUACUCCUUGGAUCUGGCACGGCCCAUGCGCGUUAGGCUUAAAGACUGGCGAGACAAUUUGCCGAGCAAUAUGAAACCGGUCUCUAAUGCAGUCGUUUCUGGCGAAGACCUCGAUGGUAAUGGAUCUCUUUAUCUUUCAUACAUCGUCACGCAUGUGGCUCUUCUCCGCGCUUUGCUACGACCAUUAGAUCGAUGGCCGGCAAUCAUCAAGGUCAACAAAGAAGAGCCAGAUGCGACCUACGAAGGCGCCAAAGCAGUUGUCACAGGGGCGUUGCUAUGCGUAAAGGAAUUUGUUGAGUUCGUCGAAAGGCUCACUGGAGCUCAGUGGAAUGCAUUCUGGCAUAGUUGGAGUCGACCGAAUUUUGCAAUUGCUGGGUCGUUCAUGGUGCAUCUUCUACAGGUCGUCACACCACUUAAUCAGGCUGAAAGUCAAUCAAUGGCGGAAUUUUCGAAAUACACAUUUGAGAAAGAACAUGCUGAACUUCAAGACUGGAUUCGCAGAUGGCGCUGGGCAACGCGAAUCUCAGCGAAUGGAGCAGCAGGGGUUAAAGGCUUAACAAACCUCGGAUUUAUCAAAGUAGAGACUCUAAUGGGAAAUGGGACAUAG